AUGUGGACCUUAUACAAGGAUUUCUGCAAAGAAGCCCUAGCGUCAGCCACAGCAAGUGACAUGCAAAGCUUGACAAAAAGUGCACUAGACGUAGCAUCAUUGAAUGCCAAUGAAAUAUUGAAGCUCAUCCCUAAAUUGCUCGAAACAAGUUCAGAUGCAUCUGUAAAGCAGGCUUUAACAGAUUGCUCUGAGGUCUAUCAGAGCGCUCUUGAUCAGAUUAAGAAAUCAACGGCUGCUGUUGAUGCUAAGGCUUAUAAUGAUGUUAAUACAUGGAUUAGUGCUGGGAUGACCAGUUCUGAGACUUGUGAGGAAGGCUGGGAUGACCAGUUCUGA